ACCUACAAGGUCCCUUCCGACUCUGUUAAUCUGUAUCACUAUGCUAAACUCGUAGUUUAAGGUCCAAACCUUUCCUAUAUCUUCCCAUGGGCCAGCGAUCCCGUUGUAAACAUUGCCUAGGAGUCAAACGGAAGUUACACAUAACCAGCAACAAGAUCAGAGGCAACGACCGUGCAGGGCCGGUGCGUGGACCGGGUCCCGUGUCUCUCUCUCUCCCGCGCGUGCUCCAAGUCCCGAGCCAGGCACCUACGCAAGCCGUCAGGCAGGUCAUUACCGCCUCUUCUUCCUUUUUGCCCUUGGGGCUUAAAAGAAGGCGGAGGAGGGGUUGUGGAAUGUUUUUCGCUGUUACUGCCUGCCGUCUCUUCCGUACUUUCGCCACCAUGGGAGAAGCCGCUUCGGUUUUCCUAAAAAUUCCCAGCAAAGAAGCAGCUUUGCCUGGCAGAGACCAGAGCCUCGUCCGUAUUCCGGGUAAACAUCACGUGAAUGGGAACAGUAUGGUUGAACCCUUUCCAGAGGGAAUGCAUAUGGCAAUAUUUGGGAUGGGCUGUUUCUGGGGGGCAGAGAAGAUAUUCUGGAAGCAGAAAGGAGUCUACUCUACUCAAGUAGGCUAUGCAGGAGGAUAUACCCCAAAUCCCACAUAUGAAGAAGUCUGUUCAGGCAAAACUGCCCAUACUGAAGUUGUGCGAGUGGUAUUUCAGCCAGAAACCAUCAGCUUUGAGAAACUGCUCAAGGUCUUCUGGGAGAAUCAUAACCCGACACAAGGGAUGCGGCAGGGAAAUGAUGCUGGGACACAAUAUCGGUCUGCCAUCUAUACAUUCACCCCAGAACAAAUGGAGUCUGCCUUGAAAUCUAAAGAUGAUUACCAAAAGGCAUUGACAGAAAAUAGUUUUGGGGUCAUCACAACUGAAAUCCGCGAGGCUCCAGAGUUCUAUUAUGCUGAAGAAUAUCAUCAGCAGUACCUAAGCAAGCACCCUAAUGGUUACUGUGGACUCGGAGGCACAGGGGUUUCCUGUCCUAUUGGUAUUAAAGGAUGAUCCUUACUCACAAGGCAAUCAUUCCCUAAACCACAUGUCAAACUUAAAGAAGUGUGUUUUGGCUUUUUACUGCAGACUUCAGUAUAGCUUUCACAAAUAUGAAAUCAGUGGCAUUUAUUCUCAAGGAAAGGUAUAGCAUCAAGUAAUGCAAAAUCAAUUGUGCAAUCUUCCUUGGACUUUGAAUUUAGAUAGGGGGGAAAUCACAUUUUUAAACAGAAAUAAAUUCAUUACAUUUAGCAAAUCUGCAUAGUGGAUUCUGCCUUUUCAGAAGAUAAAUAAUCUUCUAAAACUAUGAAGGGUCAUGCUUAAAAAAUACAGGGACAUCUGAACCAUCCAUGGUGGUUUAUAUCAGAGACAUGCAAUUUCUGAAGCCAUGAAGGCCAUAAUGGCAUGUUGAGGGCUAAACUCCAGUUGUGCAAUAUCCAUUGGCGCAGUGUUUAAAAGAUUUAUGUUUUCUUAAACAAAUGAAUGCACAAACUAUUGCAAAGAUUAAGGUUAAGGAAAUCUCACCCCUUAAGCACUCUCCCAACCCCUAAAUUGAGAUGGAACAGUUUUAAUUUUGGGGCUCUGUUCAUUGACCAGAUUUGCAAAAGUGGUCGUGGUAGAUUAUAUGUGACAUAUAGGCUGCAAUGUUGCACACUUAUAAUCUUGCUGAAUAUGUAUGCAUCAGAAUCCCAUUAGUGCCAUAUGGAUAAGAUUUUGUGGGGAUUUUGUAUCAUAUAAGCUAACAUAACUUUUUACAUUAAUACUAUAAGCUGAAGAGUUAAGGCAAAUGUAUGCAUGUCAAGUUUAAGUAACAAGAAAAGAUAUUAGCAAAAUUAUUGGGGAGAAUGUUUCCUGGGAAUGAAUUGAAUGUGAGAAACAGGAGGCCAGGGCAGGGUUAGCAUCUCCACACCUCUCCCAUUUCUUUAUUCAAAAUAUCCAAUCUUGCAAUUCACUUUAUAAAUUAGCACCAAAGAUACAAUAUUAACAACUAGCUAUUAGCCUGAUCGCUCUGCCCCAGGUUGUGGUACCAUUAUAUAUAUAUAGGCUUUUUGAAGUCAACUGCUAAAUAUAUUUCAAGUAGGAACAUUAUGUAGCUAUAACUACCCAGAACAACUAUUACAUUAUGCAAGAAAUUGGGUAUUUGCUGAAAGUAAGUGAGAGAUGUGAGAACAUUGAUAUUGAGUAAGUUUCUUAAUUGAUUUCUCAGCUUGAUUCUGAAAUGUAAAAAGAAAACUUGAAGUUUUAUGAGGUUUUCCCCUCACAGAUUUCUUUCAUGCCCCAAAUAUUUGUUUCGUACAAACAUAUUUAAGAAGGUGUUCCCUAAUUCUUUCACCACUCGCAAUCUCUUGCACCAACACACAUACAGAGUGAGUGAGUUUCUCAAUAGUGGGAAUGUCUCACAUGCAGAAGAAGCAAAGUAGAUGAGAAUUGGUCUGAAUUAGUAGGGAAACUGUAUCAAAUUAUAACAAUAAAAGGGCUGCAAAUAUAGAUAAUAGUUCUUUGUGCUGUUAUCUUAAGUAUAUAAAAUCCAGGUCUGGGACUUGAUUUUUGGCUCAUAGCUUGGUAACUAUAGAUCAGAUACUCCUUCCUGGAGGUCUCCACAUAGCCAUAAAUCUUUGUGGUGCAUCUCUGUUCCAAAUGCUCUCUUGUAACAAAGAAAAAUUGUGAAAUUGUGAACUCACACAACCACUUCCAGCUAUUUGCUUUUCAUCUUGUUGAUCGGUGAUGGAAAUCAGCAAAACGUAUGGUGCAUUUCAGUGUCGGCCAUUGGCAAGGUCUUAAUGUGUAACUCUGCGUUCCCUCUUGGAUCCCCACCAUCACUUGAAAUGCCUGGUUCCUAUAGUAACAGAAUGUAUUGUGUUGAGCAUUAUACCUCUGAAUUGUUCCAUUGUUCACUGUCAAGGAAACCAGCACUAUCUAUAAUUUCCCAGCCACUUGGUGAAAAGGAAAUGAAAGGGAGAACGGGUAUAAUGAUGAUGUUGGUACCUUACUCCUGCUAUCUUUGCUUCUGGCUAAUAUUGGUUGGUGUGGGUGUGGGUAUUCUACUGAGUGGGAUCUCUUUGGCAAAACAGUGUUCAUUGCCAAAGAGCAAUCACAAAUUACAGCUUUAGAAUCACCAUUGUUUAAGAUGAAAAGUGCUGUUGGAGUUUGUAUUCAUUAGCACAUCUUGAUACCGUUUGAUUUUGGGUUUAGCAAAGCAUCAAGAGAGGUUUUCUCCUUCCAGGACACUUAUUUCUCAUAGUGGUUGCUGAAUAUAAUGCUGUCGGAUCAUCAUUUCAAACAGGUCCUGCCCAGCCUGCCUUAAGAUUGUAUUUAUUUGUGUACUGCCUAGAAAUGCUACUGAUCUAUUCAUUGCUUUUGGCUUCUUGACCUUUUGUGCCCUUUGUAGAGAGGUAAUGAAUAAUUUACCUCCUUAGUCAUUAUAUGUUAAUGUGAUCUAACAAAUCCAAAUAUAGCAUAUAUUUAGCAUAUAUAGCAUCCAAAUAUAUUAUUUUCAGAUGGGCUGCUGCAUUUGCCUCCUGCAAGAAAACCAGAGAGACUUCGGGUACCUUAAAGAGAAUCAUGGCCUGACUCCAUUUCUUCCCAGUCACAGCAUAAGCAUAUUUGGCAACAUCAUUUGACAACCAUGUCCCCUCCCAUGAUGUUACAUUCAUCUUAUUUCAAACCGUGAAUAAGACAGCUUAAAUAAUUCCUAUCCCUACCAGAUUUAAAGUAGCAUUCCUCCUCCCCCCAGUUCAACAUUAUGUAAGAUAAAAAAUGGUACAAAAUCUAUUGGGAUUUGUCACCAGUAACCUUGGAGGGAAGUCAAGUGACAGAAAUGAUUGAGAAUAGAGGCAGGUUAGAGU